UUGGCUGUGCGGGCGAUGACGUCGGCGCACUGCGGCGGCUCCGCGCGGCCCCGGUGGCGUCGCUUUAAAGGGGCCGCGCUCGCGGCAGCGCCGGCGGCGGCACCGGCCCCGGAGCGGCCCCGGACCGGCCCCGGAGCGGCCCCGGAGCGGCCCCGGAGCGGCCCCGAGCCCCGGCUGCCCCCGCGCGCUCCGGCACCGGGGCGGACCGGGCGCUCCCGGCAGGUUCCGACCCGCCCGUGCCCGGGAUGGUGCCAGCAUGAGGAGGUGCUGCCAGGCCGUGGGGCUGCCCUGCCUGUUCAAGGGCGCGGGCAUGGCGGGCGCGCGGCCGCCGCGCUUCCUGCUGGUGUUCGACUUCGACGAGACCAUCGUGGACGAGAACAGCGACGACUCGGUGGCGCGGGGCCGCGCGCUGCCGGAGCCGCUGCGGCAGAGCCCGCGCGGCGGCUCCUACAACGAGCACAUGCGGCGCGUGCUGGCCUUCCUGGGCGAGCAGGGCGUGCGCCCCGCCGAGCUCCGCGCCGCCUACGAGAACAUCCCGCUGUCCCCCGGCAUGGCCGAGCUCUUCCAGCUGCUCUCCCGGCACCAGGAGCUCUUCGAGCUGGUGCUCAUCUCCGACGCCAACACCUUCGGCGUCGAGGCCAAGCUGCGCGCGGCCGGCGUGCGCGCGCUCUUCCGCAAGGUCUUCAGCAACCCGGCCGGCUUCGACCGGCGCGGCGUGCUCACGCUGGGGCCCUACCACAGCCACAAGUGCCCGCGCUGCCCGCCCAACAUGUGCAAGAGGAAGAUCCUGGCCGAGUACCUGGCGGAGCGGGCGCGCGACGACGUGGAGUUCCAGCGCGUCUUCUACGUGGGCGACGGCGCCAACGACUUCUGCCCCGCCGGGACCCUGACGGCGGCGGACGUGGCGUUCCCCAGGAAGGGCUACCCCAUGCACAGGCUGAUCCAGGAGAGCCAGGAGAAGCAGCCCGGGGCCUUCCCGGCCGCCGUGGUGCCCUGGGAGUCGGCGGCGGAGGUGGCGCGGUACCUGCAGGAGCUGCUCCGCAGGAAAUGCUGAGGCCGCGGCGGCUCCGGGCUCGGCCGCGCUGCCGGGACCUUCUCCUGCCGUUCCCUGGCCAGGGAAGCACUUUCUGCAGGCCCCGGCCCUGCCUGGCCACGGAGCCACGGCCGGCCCUGCGCCCUUUGGGACCUGACCGGGAUUUCUGGUGGAGCUGUCGCUUCCUCUCCCUUUUGGCCUCGAAAGAGAAUUCCCGAAAAUCCAGCAGCCGGCUCCCGGCGGGCUGGGCACGUCCUCGCUCCUGCCAUCCUCCCCCUGGGCUGCCUGGCCCCGGGCUCCUGAUCCCGCUGGGAAUUCCGGCUGGGACAUCCCUGCUCCCCGGGCUCCUGAUCCCGCUGGGAAUUCCGGCUGGGACAUCCCUGCUCCCUCAGCUCCUGAUCCCAUGGGAAUUCCGGCUGGGACAUCCCUGCUCCCUGGGCUCCUGAGCCCGCUGGGAA